UGUUAAUGAAUCGAAUAAACUUCAAAACUACGUUUAUCGAAGUAUAUAUCGUUGCGAUUAUUCGUAAUUCGAUUGCAUUUUAAUUGAGUCCGGUGUUUUUAAUUAAAAAAUAUAAAAUUUUAAAACAUUCUAAAUUCAAGCGCUAAUUUUAUGUUCCAUUCAUAAGUGUUGCGGUAAAUAUUUUUGGUAUUCAAUUUAGCCAGUGUUUUAUUUUUUUUAAUUUAUAAAUGAACUACAAUUCUAAAUUCGAACGCUCAUUCUGUUCUGUUUAUUAAAUUUUCGUCGCGUGUUAAAAUAGUGCUGUCUUAGUUUACAUUGUCAAGUAAACAUAACGGAAUGAAUGCAUUGCUUCCCUAGUGCAUGCAGUUCAGUGGCCGUUCAUUUAAGUUCCAUAAUCGCGAAGACCAAAGGCUGUAGCCAUGUCUUUACUAUGGAUGAGCGCAUUUAAUCUGAGCUUAACAGUUGGUGCUACAUUAAUUGUUGUUAAAAGGAACUCUUACAGUAGAAGAGGUAUACAAAGACAGAGAUCAGUUCGCGGGUUUAGUCCGCGAGGUGGCGGCACCGGACGUCGGCCGGAUGGGCAUCGAGAUCCUGUCGUUCACGAUCAAGGACGUGUACGAUGACGUCCAAUACCUGGCCAGCUUGGGGAGAGCGCAGACGGCGGCGGUGAAACGAGAUGCGGACAUCGGAGUCGCGCAAGCCAAUAGGGACGCUGGAAUCAGAGAAGCGGAGUGUGAGAAAAGCGCGAUGGACGUUAAGUACGCUAUGGACACUAAGAUUGAAGAUAACACGAGGAUGUUCAAAUUACAGAAGGCGCAGUUCGACCAAGAAGUGAAUACUGCUAAAGCAGAAGCCGCUCUAGCAUAUGAACUGCAAGCCGCUAAAAUUAAACAAAAACUACGAAACGAAGAAAUACAAAUUGAAGUCGUGGAACGUCGCAAACAAAUUGAGGUGGAACAGCAAGAGAUCUUGCGCCGUGAGGAGGAACUGAUAGCGACAGUAAAGCUGCCUGCUGAAUCUGAGGCGUACCGCCUGCAGACGAUUGCUGAGGGCAAACGCACACAAACAGUAGAAGCAGCUAAGGCUGACGCGGAGCGCAUCAAAGUCGUGGGCUUGGCGGAGGCAGCCGCCAUCGGAGAUGUCGGCAAAGCUGAUGCUGAAAGGAUGCUGGCCAAAGCAAAGGUGUACAAACAGUACGGCGAUGCCGCCAUCAUGGCGCUUGUCCUUGAAGCGUUGCCUAAGAUUGCAGCGGAAGUGUCGGCGCCAUUGGCUCGCACAGACGAGAUCGUCCUCGUGGGUGACAACGGCGCCACCGGAGAGGUUGCGCGUCUCGCUGGCGGUAUACCACCCGCCGUCAAGACCCUUACGGGGCUCGAUCUCACGCAGGUCCUCAAGCGGCUACACCCUAACGAAGACUCCAACAUUGCAGCGGCCACAAGCAAGAAGGUAGCAGCAUGCUAAACUCAUCGAACGAAAAUUCAAUGCUUGAAUUACCGUACCAAAUUAUUGAACUAUUAUUAUAUCGUAAUGAAUAUUUUUUUUUCUAUUUGUCACGUUUACUCAAUGUAAUUAAUUGUUGCCAUACAAAAAGAUUUUAUCGAUCAAAGAUAAAAUUACAAAUCAAUGCGGGUACAUGAUAUUUUAGUUUCCUUGUUUUUUAUUAUUAUAAAAGGCCAAUGGAGCAUUAUUUAUCUAUGUGUAAUAAAUGUAAUAUUUUUAGGUACUUACCUAUGUCCUUGCGUAAGAGUGCAAACCUAUUACUGAUA